GCCGUCCCGCGUGCAUGCGUGCGUGCGUACGUGCAUGCGUGCAUGCGUGGAACGCGACGAAAUUCGCCCGAUGAACAGUGGAAUGGUUUGUGUCUGGACCACGACGACAAGUGAUAAUUAACCAGCAGCCCGGUAAUCCCCGGCAAAGGAUUUUAUCGACGUGAGACAGCGGAGUCGCUGACAACGGAGACGGAGCAGAGGCCAACAAUCGAGAAGCCAUCGGUAGAUCUGAGAGCGUGUUAUGAAAUUACUGCCACCGAUUCAGAUAUCGCCGCAGCUACCACCGGUUUCCGCCGCGGGCGGAAUGACCGGAAUGGAGUCUCGGCUGCCCGCGAGUAUAUCUUUGCCUUUCAGUCCGGACUUGUUCUGGCGGGCCCAGUAUGGGCCCUCGAUGGGCUUCCCGCCUACGACACAUCCGCCGCCCAGUCCUCUUUUGGACUUCAAAACUCAUCUACCGACGAAUUUGAUGUCCGACCCUAGAUUGUGGUCGCGGGAGGACGUGGUAGCGUUCCUGCGGUGGGCCGAACGGGAAUUCGAUGUGCCACCCUUCGACAUGGAGGCGUUCCAGAUGAAUGGCAAGGCUCUGUGCCUGCUGACCAAGGCCGAUAUGGGCGAAAGAUGUCCUGGCACUGGUGACGUGCUGCACAAUGUGCUGACCAUGAUGGUGCGCGAUUACGGUCAGCUGCAGCGAUGCCUGCCGAGCAGUCCGGUGACACCGACCAGACCGUCCACGUAUCCGCUGAGUCCACACUCGCAUCCGCCUACGCCCACGUGGACGGAAGCGCCGCCGUACGCCUCGAGUCUCGCCUCGCUGAUGUCGGCCAACUCGGUGACGCUGUCACCGGCGCCGUCCGUAGACAGUCAAUCGGGCUCACCUAGUCAUGCGACUGACGCGAAUCAAACACAGGUCUACAAGAGCGACUCGGACGAGGACAACACCCAUCAGGUAUCGAGCGGCAACAGUAGUCCGCCAGCUACGCCGACCGCCCUGACGGCACAGAGGCUGAGCGAGGUGAGCGUUAAGGACCAACCAAGUCCGACGUUACCGCAAUUGAUGCCGCUGACGCCUGGUGCCUUCCGAUCGACCGCCGCCAGUGCGACCAGAGAAUUCUUCCCCAGCGAUUCGCCAGAACCCAAUACCAACGGAAGACUACUCUGGGACUUCCUUCAGCAAUUGCUAAACGACCCUGGACAACGGUACCAGCAUUAUAUCUCGUGGAAAAGUCGGGAAACCGGCGUCUUCAAGAUUGUCGAUCCACCUGGUCUAGCGCGACUCUGGGGCAUCCAGAAGAAUCAUCUGUCUAUGAAUUACGAUAAAAUGAGCAGAGCUUUACGUUAUUACUAUCGUGUAAACAUACUUAGAAAAGUCCAGGGCGAACGACAUUGUUACCAAUUUCUGCGUAACUCGAUCGAGUUAAAGAAUAUUAAGAACAUAUCAUCGCUGCGCCAUCAAAUGCGAAUAAAGUCAGAACCGGAGGAAGAUCGAGCUCUCUCCGGAAGUCCAGAAGCAGAGCCGGAAGCGGAUAUGCCAACAGAUCUCUCGAUGUCUAGCAUGAACCAGCCAUCGAGCGAGCAGCAACAACAGCAGCAGCCCCUGUCGCUGCACGACCCACCUGCCAAGUAUAGAAGUCACGCGUACAAUCUCGUUAAGACCAAUCAGGAGCCGGAAGAGAGGAAGUGACGCGGGACCUAGCGAUGGUAGGAACGCGCAGUGGUCGUGCGUAAUCAUUAAAUCGCGCUACAGCGAACUGAGAUCCGGCGGCAAAAUAAUCUCUCGACGUAAGAGAGAGAUUCCGCAUCGACAACCGAUCGAUGGAUUAUGGAGUAAGAUUGAAGAUAAGCAUCGACUCCGUCUGGUUCGUCGGUUUGUUGAAGAAGAAAGUGGUAUCGUCCGCGCGAAGAUAUGCGAAGAAUUGCAAACAAAAAAAAAAAACGGAAUCCGAAAAACUGAACUCGUCGACAAUGCUCGAAAGAUGCGCUAAUAAAGAGGAUUAAAUCUCGAAUUCCGUUAUAGUUCAAACAGUAAGAUAUGGCUCGGGAUUUUAUGCAAUCAUUAAUAAGGAUGCUCGAAACGUAACAUAAAACUGCGAUCUUGAGCAUGUGACUCUAAGAGCAAUUAUUAGACUCGAAGAAGAUAAACAAGCAUUCACGUUUAUUAAUACGCAGACACACAUUGACGCUAGGGAUGAGGAAAUUCUUGAAGAAUCAAGAAAUUAAAUUUUACGUCCCAUUCGUGCCCAAUGCGUUUGUUGGUGAUUCAAAGAAUGCAAUCAUAUGAGAGUUCUCUUCAUUUUCGUCGUUAUAUGUAAGAGUGCGAUAAGAAGCGUAAGAAGAGAAUGUGUUUUACCAGUAUCUCAAUGGGCAAAUCGGAUAAUGAUUCGCCUUCCUCCCUCACAUUCGCGUUAAGUUGUUACGCGCCGAUAAUGACAGACGCUUCGAUAUGAAGCUGAAUCUUCGCGGAUAUUCCGCCCAACCCCUUUUUCCGCUCCCUUCUUGUAACGAGGCGAACCAUCCAUACCGGCUAAUUUUCUUUCCACUUUUACAACGACGAGAUAUGAAAUGUACAGUUUUGGGUGCACUUAAAGAGCAUACAUACACACAAUGAUUCAAUGUACAAAGAAUGCCAGAACUGUUACCAGGUCUUUCUUUUCUUUCGCGUUUCUCUUUUCUUUCUUCUUUCCUUUCUUCCUUUUUCUUUUUUUUCUCCCUUAAUCUUAAGUAUAUAUUCUGUGAUGUACGACUUUAUUUUUUUUGACAGAACAUAGUCCAUAAAUAAGGUCGAUCCCAAAGAGAGACUUCACUUGAUUUGAGAUAUUCAAUGUAAAUGCAUCACAGAAAAUUACAUUAUUGACGUUUCUAUGAGGUUAUUUCCGGAAUACAAGGAGCUUGACAAAAUCUUUUCACGACAGUUCAAUAAUUAUACACAUCUAUGACGUAAAGCAAACCAAGAGAAAGAUUUAACCAGAUUUUCUCAAGCUCUUACUGUAUAUACGCCGAAACGGUUCUCCGUUACUUUGACGUAUUUGUGCCAAGAACGUUUACCGUUUAAUAAGAAAAUGUUUUAUGUAUUUAGUCGACUGUUCCAAAAAAACUCAAUAUAUCAUUUGGAACCAAUGCUGUAUCUCUUGUGCUCGAUGUUUGCGUUAUAUCAAGAAGACACGCCAUAAUCGAGUAUCGUGUAAUCGAUUAUAUAUUAUAAGAAAUGUAUAUAAACUGAACUAAUGAAUUGUAAAUGCGAAUGAGAAAUAAGAUAAAUAUUAGAAGAGUAGUGCAAGAAUUUUAUGAAAAUUCGGGGCCAGAGUUAGAGUAUAAAUUUAUCUAUAGAAAAAAAUAUACAUAUAUAUUUUACUAUCAAAAUUUAUAUUCGAAAUUUCUAUGUUUGUUGCCGGUGUGCAAUUGUGGCUUACAUUCCACGACUCUUUAUCCGAGGUUUGCCUACGAUACGAGAUAAACCACGAAAGUCCGUAAGAGAGAUGGAGAAAACGCGAAAAAACAAGACGCAUAUACAAUUAGGAAACAGAUUUAAGAAGAUUGCUAAUUGUAUUUUUGCACUUGAAAAUAUAAAAUUGAGAAAACGAGAGAAUUAAAGUGCGAGUGCGUAAAAGAGAGAGAAUGAAUGAGACGAAUGAGAGAAUAAAUGACACAUUGAAAUAUAUCUGGCUUCUUGUAUACUGUGAUCUCUAUACUAUAUAAUGCAGAACGAGUUACAUAAUUAAAUAGGAAUCAUUAUUUGGAUAAAACGCGUGUGCUUCUUGCAUACAUCUAGAUAAAGUGUCUGUCUAGAAAUUGCGUGAUGUUAUCAAGAGAUGAGAUACAUGACAUACAUGUACGUCAUACAUGUAUGUGAUGAUAUAUACAUCUUUUCUCUUUACAAUCGUGUAAAUAAUUUUCACAUGAAAAUGUCAGAGAAAUGGAAGUGUUUAUAUAUAAAUGAAUAAAUAUAUAUUUAUAAAUAUAUUUGUAUGCAAUAUAUAAAUAUAUUUAUAUAUAUUUUAUUCAACACAUACAUAUAUAUGUAUAUGUAACAGCAUAUAUGAAGACAUAAUAGUAAUGCGAAACAAUGCAUAUGCUAAGAUUGGAGAAGUUUAUAUAUCGUUUCGAGUGUAUAAAAUAUGUAAAAUUUUAGAAAUUAGAGUUGUUUUAUUAUAUAAGUUGUUAUAUGAAGAGUACAUGAAAUAAUGAAUGUUGUAAAUAUAGACUUAUUUAGUUAUUAAG